CAUUAGUCCCCGAAUAUCAGAACUACAAAACUGCAUAGUCAAGGCAGUUUGCAGUGCGAGUCGAUGGGGAGCCAAUGGCAUUCGUGCGCUGUGGUGCGUGUCAUUUCUGCCCAAUUGGAACGUGGCGUGAUGAUCUCAUGUUAGUUUUAUUCUUUCAGGGACAGCUGCUGAGAGAAGCGUUCACGUAUAGCCAAAUUUCGUCAGUGUUUUUACCUGUUUAGAGACAUUUCUUUUUAAUUCUUAAUUUGCCUAUGGGCACAACACAAACGUGUUCAUUCGGAAGUCGACUUUUAAAGGGAUGAAAAGGCUAAAGAAGAAGAAACAUAUCACUGGAGUUGGAGUGAAUGGGAAUGGAUCUGUCACAAGAGAACCAAAUUGUGGAAGGAAACAGAAGUUGGCUGAGAUUCAUCAGGCUUUGAUCAGUGAUCCAGUGGACAUUGAGACCUUAAGGAGAGCAGCAGCCAGUAAGGGAGGACUACUCACUGAUGAAGUGAGAAGGAAAGUCUGGCCCAAACUACUGAACAUUAAUGUCUAUGAUCUACCACGUAAACCUGGUCGAGAUGUGAGGGAGAACCACAAGGACUACAACCAAGUAGUCCUGGAUGUCAGGAGGUCUAUGAAGCGGUUCCCUAAAGGUAUGCCAGCCACAGAGAAAGCCAUUCUCCAGGAGCAGCUGAUUGACAUCAUACUGGAGGUUUUGAAAUGCACCCCUCAGCUCCAUUACUACCAAGGCUACCAUGAUGUGGCCGUCACUCUGUUGCUGGUAGUUGGGGAGCGGAUGGCCAUCGCCAUGCUGGACACUCUGUCCAAUCACCAUCUCAGGGAUUUCAUGGAUCCUACCAUGGACAGCACUAAACAUAUUUUAAACUAUCUGAUGCCUAUAUUGGAACAGGUUGAUACAGAACUACAUGAGUUCAUGAUCAGAGCGGAGGUGGGAACCAUCUUCGCACUAUCCUGGCUCAUUACAUGGUACGGCCAUGUGCUGUCAGACUUUAAACACACCAUGAGACUAUACGACUUCUUCUUGGCCUCACACCCACUAAUGCCCAUUUACCUGGCUGCCACGGUAAGAGGGAAUUUGAUUGUGUUGCACAGAGAGAAGGAGGUGAAGGCGACAGAGUGCGACAUGGCCAUGGUCCACCACCUCCUCUCCCGCAUCCCCCAGGACCUCCCGUAUGAACGUCUGAUUGGCCAGGCCCAGGACCUGUUUGACCAGUACCCUCCAUCUCUACUGGCCAAGCGGGCAGCACUUCAUUCUCGGAAGAGUCUGUCAAUCAACACCUUCCAGGCGUUUCAACUCUCCACUCUCUGCCAGAGGCCUGACUCAGUUCUCCAACGCCUCACCAAGGCCCAGGGCUCCACCACCUCCAGACAAGCCUCUCGCAACUCAGGACUGGAAGCAGCUUUGCCCCGAGACCGCGGCCAGCUGUGGGGGAAGGGAAACACGAUUGUGAAGAUGGCAGUGUGGGGGCUGUCCGCUACGCUCGGGGCAGCCGUGUUCGCUGUGGCUCAGACAGCUAUGGACUGGGGACCCGACGUGUUACUCCAACUGUUCUGACGUGGCGGUGGGGAUUUAGACUGUUAAACCCACACACAUGGCGACUGCACAUAUCUGCUCUGCAGAUAGAUAACAAUAAAAACAAUUACACAGAUAAACAAAGACUUUGAAGACUUGAAGCUUGUCUCUCCUGCUGAGAGAAAUCGUUGCAGGAAAAAAAGAGGAGGUCAGUUAUCCUGGUGCCAAACAGGUUGUUGCUAUUCAACCACAGUGAACAUGUGUUAGAUACUAGCCAGCCUCAGGAUGUGUGUCAGCAGGUGUAGGUGUGUUGUCUGUUUCUGAGCUGGUACCUCAGACCUUAUACCACAUGUGAGCAUGGAUGGAUAACUGAACAGGCCUUCAGGGGCCUCUGACUCUUUGGACCUUUUGGGCCAGAGCCUCUGUAUGAAGUGAUUGUUAACAGUUUACUUUAAAGGGUAAUUGAAACCACCACAAAGAGAUAGACACAAAACAACUACAGAGACAUACAAAAUGACCAAAAACCAGACUUCAACCAUUGUUUUCAGUUGUUUUGUGCCUCUCAGUCUGGGGUGCUUGCUACUAUGUAAGUUUGGUGGGGUUUUUUACAUGUUUGUGCCCAGGGGCCCUACGACCUAUAUCCAUCCAUGCAUGUGAGACACUAACACAUCUUGCUUUUUCAGGCUGUUGCUCAUACUACCAUCGGUGUUACAUUGUUACAUGCGUCUCUGUGUGUUUGCUGUUAGCUGAUUAUUUAGCUGAUAACUCGUUUUUAACUCGUUCGUCAUGCUUGUUUUUUUGCAUUUCUGUUGACAGUGUUUUAGUGUGCUUGUUGGAUCAGCAGCCAUAUCUGAAAGCAAAAAGUGCCCUUAGCCAGCACGAUAACGCAUGAAUACAAAUUAUUAAAGAGCGGUAUUCUCUGCUGAAAGCUUCCAGUUAUGAGCAAAGAAGGAGAGCAGGGAAGAAAUGGGAAAGAUGGAGGGAGUGAUUUUCCCCAUGAGCCACUGGUAUUAAUUGCUUUACUCCAGGUGUCAGCAAGUUACAUUCACAGUUCAGUUUGACGCAUAAGAUGAGUUGCUUCUGCCCCAAAAUGUAAACAUUACACAUGGUUGCACUCAAUCGAGUCAACUCAAGUUAUUUUUUGAUUUUUUGUUUUAUUUUUUUCUGAGCCAGUUUUCUGGCAGUUGUGGUGGCCUACCACUGCUCAAUCAAUAUGGGGAAGAGACCAGUACUUUUACCUUCUUAAAAUAUUUAAGAGGUUUGGGUUUGCGCUUGCAUCCACACUGAGCAGUCAUCAACAGAACUACAGUCCAUGGACUCAGUUCUUCUCCUUCAUUAUAUUUCUCUUAAGCAUUUUACAGCUACGAGUGUUUAACAUAGGUGAAAUUGGGUUUUUAUUUUUCUUGUACUGAAAGAAGUUCACUGCCUGCAUCACACACCCUGUAAAUGUAGUUGGACCAACCAUGAUCACUGAGUUUGAAAAGUGAAUAUUAAUAAUACAGGCUGUUUCCAACUGAGGUACAUACAUAUUUACAGGGCACAGGGGUUUCUCCAAACAGCAAUUCAUGCUCUGUGUGCCGACCAAUAUUCUGAAAUAUUUAUCAGCUUUUUCCAGCAUGUUGCUGAGUUGCAUCUGUUAACACAACUUCAGUGGAGUCAGAGCACUCUCAUCCCUCCUUUCUCCGUCAUCAGAUAUGAAUUUUUGGCAUCUCUGCAGGAAGUCAGAUUGGAUGUGAGGUUUAUCCUGUUGAUUGUAGUUGCUCUGUAGCGCAGGAAUUCAACUGGUUUGUGCUUUUUUUUGUACGAAAUUACUGUAGUACAUGUAUUGUACAAAUCUAGGGUACUCCAUUUCUAGCCUCAGGGCGAUCUGAGAAGGAUUGCAGAGCUGAGUUGUUAACAAAAAAGUCAAUCAAUCUAUCACUCCAUUAGUAGUUAGUGUCAGGCAUUCUUCAGAAAAUGCCAAUUGCUACGACUUCGAUUGGUAAUUCAGUGAUUUUAUUUGAGAGUCAAUAAAUCAGUGAAUGGCCUGUAACAGGUAGUAAGCUGGCCUGCAAGCCAGUUCAGACAUCUAGCCAGUCAGUAAGUUGUAAUUGUUGUUCGAAUAGACCUCUGCAUGUUCCACUUUUCAGUCUGACAAGCUGAACAUCAUUACAUUUGUGCGUCUGAUGUGAUUAAUUGCAAUAAUAGGCUGGGCAUCUGUGUUUUGGUUUUGUUAGAGGACUCGACUUGCGUCUAUUUACACUGUCAACAGUCUAUUUAUUUUCAGAGUAACAACAUAAUUGGCUUUUUAUUUAAAUGUGAAACAGUUAAUUGAUUUUAUAAAUGUGUGUUUAAAAUGAACAUGUGGGGCAGUAAAAAUAAUUAUUAUAGGUUUUUAUCACCAGUCUGAGCUUUAUAUUUACAAAGGUGAUCCAUUUAUUUUACAUAUAAAAUACUGUCUUCAUGAAUCGCACUAGUUCGGUAUAUUUGGAAACAUGCUUGAUUGUUGUCUUGCGAAGAGUUAGAUAGUAAGAAGAUGGAUGCCACUCUAGGGUCUAAUUUAAUUUGGUUAAAUAAGCUACAGCCAGCAGCCCGUUAGCUUAGCUUAGCACAAAGACUGGAAACAGGAGGAACAGCAAGCCUGUGUUUGGCUCAUGUGCCGGCUCACUUUUAAUAUUGAAAUAAUAAACAAAGUACAUUGCAAAGGGAACAUUUACAGCCGGAUGCUGCAUGGUUGGCAUUGAUGUGCCGCUUGCUCUUAUUACAAAAACGACUCAUUCUGAAGUGAAGUACAUUCUGUUACCCAUGGCUGAUCAUUAUGCAUUUUUGCAUCUAUGGUUUUUGGAAACAGGUGAUUUAUAUAAAAAUGUUUUACUAAUAAAAAAAAAGCAGUUUUCAUAUAUUCCUUGCUUGCACAUGAUUGGCUGCCCAAGACAUAAAUAUGCAGGGAAAACCUCCUUUGACCAGAGUCUUUGAUCUUCAGACAUUAGUCAAGAUGCAGUUGUAUUAUUAGUGCAAUGUAGAACAACAUACUCCUACAGGGAGAGGGUAGUGGUGGUGCCAGAUCAUAAUGAGGAUUUAAUUCCUGCCCCUGGCUCUUGGCGUACUUAAGACACUUUCUCCCUGUUUUUUUUUUUUUUCUCACAUUCACACAACACUUACACCAACACCUGCACCUGUCUCGGUCUGGCAGAGGCAUUAGGUAAAAGGAUACAUUAUUAUAGGAUGUUAUUUGGGUUUAAUGAAACCAACCAAGAUGUAGAAGAAAAAAGAUGGAUGCUGUUGAUUCCAUGUCUAAAGCUGACUGAAGAGAAUUGAAAAAAAGUAAAAAUCAUGAAAAACUCUUCUAGAAGAAGUAAAUGUAGAAAUAGAAGUGCAGUGAAUUACUUGUAGUAGCUCUGUCGAUAGUAGUUUAAAUAUUUCACAUGUAAUCAGUGCUUUUUUAAGUUGCAUGUUAUUUAUUUUGUUGUCUCACUUGAUAUCCUUCUCCAAAGAUUUUUUUUAAAGCUUAUCCACCUACUAUCAGUCAAAUGUAUUGGACACAAAAACGAAACAAAAUCCCAUAGUUGAUUCAUUACAGAAAGUUUUAAUAAUUUGAACAUAUCUGCUCAGGUUUUAAGUUGAUUGGGAAACGAGUGAUACAUCUUUUGAAACUUAUUUAGUAACAUACUAAUUUAGCUGCUGUUGAAUGAAAAUUGAGGAAUAGGAUUUAUUUCAGUAGCUGGAUGCAGUGGGUGCAAUUUGCAACUACUCAUUGGGUUUGGUUUCAACCAAAAACACACACAAAUCUAAACAACUUGAAAUUCAUGCCAAACUCUGAAUUUACGUUGGUGUAAUGAAGGUCCUGGAGUUAACCUCCCAGUGAGCUUGUGAGCCUCAGGUCCAAAAUGGUUUUCCCAAAAGA